UCGAAAGUCCACGCGCAGUCUCAGUGUGAACUUGGUUCUAUACGCCCGUUUCACGUGUGUGAAGAAAACUUUAUAGAGUGUUCGAAUUUAAAAAUACAACACAAUGUCUAUCAGCCGAUUGUCUAUUGUCAAAUUUUUGGAACUGGCGCUGACAUGUUCGUGCGUGGCCCUGCACUACCACAGCUAUAACUGGGAGGCGGACAUCGGCAUGCUGGUUACUGGCACCUUCGUCGGAUACCUCAUUAUCUUCGCCGGUGCCGCUGCUGGAUACGUAAUGCAAACACCAUCUCACAAACGCAUUGACAUCUUCUAUUCGUUGGUCGGAGUGGCGCUCUUCGUCGCCAGUGGUGCUGUCAUCAUUGACAAAUAUCAGCAUGCAAGCAAAAAUGACAUAACGAACAAGAACCUCGCGAAGGCUUCCCUGGCUAUUAUCAACGGAGCUAUUUUACUCAUUGAUGCUGUUUUAACACAGCGCGGAGGCUAAACUAUCUACAAAUCAUGGUGAACAACUAAAAAAUCUUUGGCUAAUCACAAACCUAGACAUUAAUAGAAUUUAAUGUCAUCAAAUAUCUUUUCCAAAAAUUAAUUUACAUUAUAUUUAUUAUAUUUUUAAUGCCUCAUUACACAAUAAAAUUAGUUAGAAAUAUAACAUUUAAAAAAAUAGAGUAAAAUGAAAAUAAUGUUUAUGUACUGCCGAAGAUUUUUUAGUUAGUCCCUAUUUGAGCAUAUUUUUUUUCAUUUGUUGUUUGUUUCAUCACACGAGGAUGUUUGAGUGGCAAUCGUUUUAAAUUACUUUGUCUAAUGAUUUUUACAUAACUAUUAUAAAAUAAGUUUUAUUUUCUGUGCUAAUGUUUAGUAUGCUAGAUUGCAGCCAGUCUCAUUAUUUUCAACAUGUCAACGAAAAAGGGAACACAAUAUCAAAUUAGUAAUACAAUAUUUU